GUGCACUGGAAAGUCAGGGAGAGACUGGCUGGAAGGUGGGGUCCUGACUCCCUCUGCUGUCCCAGUGUGUUGGGCUGGGGUGGGUGGAGCUGAGCCCCUGGGCCAGGGCGAGCUGGGUGCGGAGUGGUCCCCCGCAGCUGCAGGCCUGAGCUCUGACCUCCGCCAGCCGUCAGGGAGGCAGGGCCAGGGGUGUGCAGCCAAGCUGGGUCUGGGCCUGGGCCUCGCCCACACCUCCUCCAGGCAGGCGGCAGUGCUGGCACAGGCCGUGGCGUGGAGCUGCGAGGGCAGGCGGCCAGCAUCUCUGGACCCAGCAGCCUGGCUGCGCAGAAGACUGGUCCUCAGAGUGGGGGCUCUGAAGGGCACCCUUGCGAACGUCUCGGAGAGCAAUGAGGGUGUCCUGUGUUGAUUCUCUGAGGUGAAUGUUUAUGUGCUGGGGAAGACGUUCCUUCUCUUGGCGAGAGAGCUCUGCAUCAACGCGCCAGCGAUAGACCCCUGCCUGUAUAUUCCGCGCUUUGCCCACCUGCUGGAGUUUGGCGAUAAGAACCACGAGGUGUCCAUGACAGCCCUGAGGCUCCUGCAGAGGAUGAAGAGGGACUGGAUGCACACGGGCCGGCGCCCCUCUGGCCUCUGCGGGGCAGCACUUCUGGUUGCAGCCAGAAUGCACGAUUUCCGGAGGACUGUCAAAGAGGUCAUCAGCGUGGUCAAGGUGUGUGAGUCCACGCUGCGCAAGAGGCUCACGGAGUUUGAAGACACCCCCACCAGCCAGCUGACUGUGGACGAGUUCAUGAAGAUUGACUUGGAGGGGGAGUGCGACCCCCCGUCGUACACAGCCGGGCAGAGGAAGCUGCGGAUGAAGCAGCUGGAGCAAGUCCUGUCCAAACAGCUGGAGGAGGUGGAAGGAGAGAUAUCCAGCUACCAGGAUGCAAUUGAGAUCGAACUAGAGAACAGCCGGCCCAAGGCAAAGGGGGCCCUGGCCAGCCUGACCAAAGACGGCUCUGUCGAGGACACCACGUCCAGUGUGUUUGGCGAGGAGGACGCCGAGGACGAGGAGCUGGAGGCCGCCGCCAGCCACCUGAACAAGGACUUCUACAGGGAGCUCCUUGGUGGUGGCCUUCCUGGCAGCUCAGAGGUGGCGGGGGGCCCUGAGGGGCAUGGCAGGCCCCCCGCCCUGGAGUCCCUCCUCGGCCCCCUGCCCACAGCUGCCAGCCUGGGCAUCUCGGACUCCAUCCGAGAGUGCAUCUCCUCCCAGAGCCGAGACCCCAAGGACGCGUGCGGGGACGGUGAGCUGGACCUCAGUGGCAUCGAUGACCUGGAGAUCGACAGGUACAUCCUGAAUGAGGCAGAGGCCCGCGUGAAGGCCGAGCUGUGGACACGGGAGAAUGCUGAGUACCUUCGGGAGCAGAGGGAGAAGGAAGCAAGAAUAGCGAAGGAGCGGGAGCUUGGCAUCUACAAGGAGCACAAGCCCAAGAAGUCUUGCAAGCGACGGGAGCCCAUCCAGGCUAGCACGGCUGGGGAGGCCAUCGAGAAGAUGCUGGAGCAGAAGAAAAUCUCCAGCAAGAUCAACUAUAGCGUGCUCCGGGACCUGGACAGCAAGGCCGGGGCCGGCCUGCCCAGGGAGGACGCCCGGCCCGAGGAGCAGGCCCCAGCCAAGAAGCUGCCUCGGAGGAAAACGUCUGCCAGCAGGAGCGGGGCUGGUCCCGGGACCAGCGUGGGGAAAAGGUUGAGGCCGAUGGUGUCACCGCAGCUGGCUAAGAAGGUGGCUGUCGGGGAGGCCUUGCUCCCAAGCCCCUCCUCCCUGGAGGCUGAGCCCGGCGGGCCCACGGCAGUCGUGGUGGAGAGCGGGCCAGUGUCGUACCACCCCGAGGAGGACGCAGAUGAGGAGGACGCGGACGAGGAGGACGGCGAGCCCUGUGUCAGCGCCUUGCAGAUGAUGGGGGGCGACGAUUACGGCUGUGAUGGUGAUGAGGACGAUGGCUACUGAGGCGUGACCUUGCAGCCGGCAGCCUUUGGCGGUGGCCCCCGUUGGUGUCUCAUCAAGGAUCAGUCAGGGUCUUUGAUGCCAGGGCCCGCAGGCAUGUGUGCCCAGACUCCCCGUGACAAGAUGGGCGCUGCCCCGCCGGCUCCGUGCGCCUCAUCCACAGCUGCACGAGGCUUCCACGGCACUUGCUGUUGGGACCACGUUCUGAGCAGUGUCAGGAGUGUUUCUGCCCAGCAGGGGGCACCGGAUCGGAUGUCUGUGUGUGUCUGGUCAGAGGUGGGUCUCACGGCCCAAGAACCCUUGCAGAAACCCUUGCGCGAGGGCACUGUCACGUCCCAUGGAAGAAAUCUGAGGCACAGGGAGGUACAGCCACUUUCCCAAGCGAGUGGAGGGCCAGGUGGGUUCCAGGACCCCUCUGCCCCUCACCUUCUAGCUGGUCAGAGAAGCACUUUGUGUCCAGCCCUGUCCUCUGCUGGUCCAGAGCUGGUCCUGUGUCUCCACCUGAAGUCCCCGGCCAGGCACUCGUGCCUCCCUGCCCCUGCCUAGGCCGUGGGGACCUCGUGGAUCUGCACGUGGGCAUCCAGAGGCUGUGUGGCCUCAGCUGGCCAGCUGGCGAAUCCAGUCAGUCCAGCGUCAGCAGAGGUCGAGGCACAGCUGCCCUGGGGACCCAGCGUGGCCAGCCUGGACAGAGCCGAGGUCCGGCUCACCGUCCACCAAGGGAUGGCAGGCAGAGGGUCCCCAAGCCCGGUGGUCCAGCCCCAGAUAGUUUCCGCCACCCUGAACCACCCGGGCCAGGCCUCCUCAUAGGAAGGCCCAGAGAUCAUUCUCAGGGCUGGGCAUCCCUGCUCUGGAGGUAGCCUGGGAGGUAAGGCAGAUGUUUCUGUCCCUUGAGGCCCCAGCCUUGGCCACCUGCCCCCCACGGUGGCAGAGCCAUGCCACACUACCUUCUGGGGCCCAGCCCCCAUCUCCUAGGGUGGGCAGACCCCUCCCAGGGCACAGCAGAGUGUGCAGGGAGCAGCUCUCGAGGUCCUUGGUAUACUCCUCGGCCUGUACCCUGCAGCCAGUCUGGGGCCCCAGGGCUCCUGGAAGGCUGGAGUGGAGGAUGGGUAGGUGAAACAAAGAUCAUUACUUGAGCAGAAA